CACAAUCCACCGUACCACUCAUGACAUCAUUGUACCGGGACUGACAGUCGGAAAUCAGGAUAGUUGGAGAUCUGAAAAGACGCACUUACAGGAUUAAUUUACAAAGAUGCUGAAAGCUGUCAUUCUAAUAGGAGGACCACAAAAAGGAACUCGAUUCCGUCCUCUCUCUUUUGAGGUUCCCAAACCACUCUUUCCUGUAGCAGGAGUACCUAUGAUCCAGCAUCACAUUGAGGCCUGUGUAAAGGUGCCAAACAUGAAGGAGAUUUUAUUAAUUGGCUUUUACCAACCAAAUGAAGAGCUUAAUCGAUUUUUAUCAAGUGCACAGCAGGAAUUUCGAGUAUCUAUCAGGUAUCUUCAAGAAUAUGCAGCACUGAGUACUGGUGGUGGGAUUUAUCAUUUUCGGGAUCAGAUCCUGUCAGGAGGUCCAGAGGCAUUCUUUGUAAUGAAUGCAGAUGUCUGUUCAGAAUUUCCUCUUCCUGAGAUGCUGGAAUUCCAGAAGGAACAUGGUGACGGCCGCAGCUUUGUUAUUCAGGGUACAACCGCUAACAGGAAACAAUCCUUGAACUAUGGCUGUAUUGUUGAAAAUCAAGAUACAAAUGAGGUGCUGCAUUAUGUGGAGAAACCGAGCACUUUUGUAAGCGAUAUCAUCAACUGUGGAAUUUAUCUUUUUACACCAGAAAUUUUCCACCAUAUAGGAUUAGUUUUUCAGAAACAUCAGCGGGAUCUUUUAUUAUAUCCUUACGACGGAGAAGAACAAGUAAAUGGCUGGCAGCGGGCAGAAGUCAUUCGCCUUGAACAGGACAUUUUUACAACACUGGCAGGUCAAGGAAAGCUGUAUGUCUACACAACAAACAGAUUUUGGAGUCAGAUAAAAUCUGCUGGAUCUGCAAUAUAUGCAAGCCGCCUGUACCUAAGCCAGUACCACAAAACUCACCCAGAAAGACUGGCGAGAAAUCGGGAAGGAAGUCCUGUAAUUAUUGGUAAUGUUUAUAUCCACCCAACAGCUGCCAUUGAUCCUACUGCUGUGCUGGGACCCAAUGUUUCAAUAGGAAAAGGAGUUUCCAUAGGAGCUGGAGUUAGAGUAAGAGAGUCCAUUAUACUUCAUGGAGCUACAUUACAGGAUCACUGUUGUGUCCUUAACAGCAUCGUUGGAUGGGAUAGCACUAUUGGAAAAUGGGCAAGAGUUGAAGGUACUCCAAGUGAUCCCAAUCCUAAUGAUCCAUAUGCAAAAAUAGACAGUGAAACACUCUUCAGAGAUGGAAAGCUAACACCUUCAAUAACAAUCCUAGGAUGUAACGUGAGCAUUCCAUCAGAAGUAAUAAUUCUCAAUUCUAUUGUUCUGCCACACAAAGAUCUGAAUAGAAGCUUUAAAAAUCAGAUUAUACUGUAAAAUGUUUUCUUGCAUAUUUAUACUUUGUAAUAUUUUCAUUGUAAAAACAUUUUGGUAGUAAAUACUGUGAAUAUAAAUCUAAAAA